AAGUCAUAAUACGGAUAUAAAAGCUAUACAGCAUUGUCAAUUAAAGGCCAUCUCUCACCCCAAUCAAGACAGAAAAGAGAGAAAGAAUGAAAAAUAGUCUAACAAUUGGACUUUUUUGUUGUAUAAAGCCCUAGACAUAGUAAAAGCUCUUUCUCCCUUUGAAAAUGUAUUUGUGAGGGAGGCUCAGUUGAAGUUGCUACCUCUAUCAGGACAAUCUGCCAUCCAGAUCACGUGAACAAAUAUGCUUGUAUUUUAAGGCUGCGCCUUUAUUUGUCAUCAUAAAGCUUUCCGAAACACCAAUAUCCCAAUGUUAACUGUAACGCAGGUGGCUGCCUAAUCCUCGCUUUUUUCCAAUGGGCGGUUGAUUGCCAGCAACAUUUCCUUUUUGGAAUAAGGAUACCUGCUUCGCUUUUUAUUGGUAGCUGAGAGUGUGUCUUCCAUUCUAUCGGGAAUACUGUCCGCAUUGGUAUAUGGAAAUGUCUGAAAAAGCGCAAGAUCAGGUUUAGGACAGUAUUGUCUUCAGACAAAGGGUGAAGGAUAUAUUCUAGAGACUGCAGGGAAAGAAAUUGAGACUGAGAAGCGCUCCUAUAUGAUAAAUUGAUUCACAGGUGGUGGUACGUAUGAUGCGGUGCGUCUGAGGGAAAACAAUACAGAGAUCAACACAGUCCACGAUCAGAGGAUAAAGAACCUGUGGGAAACUCCAAUCACGUGACCCAGGAGCCCAUGCUAUUGGACAAAAGUACGCAGGCCCCUUCAGUUUGAAUCUUCACCAUGCAGAAAGCCACGUACUAUGACAACACUGGGCUGUUUGGAGGCUAUUCAUACCCCAAGUCUGAUUCCUACAACUAUGGCACAUCCCACCAGCCUUACUCAACGUCCAAUAUGGAAAGUGAAUAUCAGGGUCCAAUUUGUCCCAUGCAAACCGCAUCUGUCCGGCCACCUGCCCAUAAAAACAGUGACCUAAAUGGCAGCUGUAUGAGACCAAGUGGCAGUCAAGGCAACAGCCAACCAGAAAGUAUUGGUGAACAGCCCCAAGCACCACCUUUGGCUGCCUCCUCGCCCAACUCCAACAGCACUUCAUCUCAGAAAAAGAAAUCCCCCACCAACAAUACUUCGAAUACUGCCAACCCUGUCAUUACUAAGCAGAUCUUUCCAUGGAUGAAGGAGACCAGGCAAAACUCAAAGCAGAAAGCCAACACUGUUGCAACAGCAGGUGAAACCUGUGAUGAUAAGAGUCCACCCGGACCAGCCUCCAAACGGGUGCGCACGGCCUACACAAGUGCCCAACUGGUCGAGCUUGAGAAGGAGUUCCAUUUCAACCGGUAUCUCUGUCGUCCCCGAAGAGUGGAGAUGGCUAAUUUAUUGAAUCUAACGGAGCGCCAAAUAAAGAUCUGGUUUCAAAACAGGAGGAUGAAGUACAAAAAGGAUCAAAAAGCCAAGGGGAUAAUGCACUCUCCUCUGGGACAUUCUCCGGACAGAAGCCCACCGUUAAGUGGCCCGAAUCAUAUUGGAUAUUCUGGUCAACUCCCAAAUGUAAACAGUCUCACCUAUGAUGCGCCUUCGCCUCCGUCAUUCGCUAAGCCACAACAAAACAUGUACGGCUUGGCUGCGUACACAGCACCAUUGGGUGGUUGCAUACCGCAACAGAAAAGGUAUCCUAGCACAGAUUAUGAACACCACAGCAUGCAAGGCAACGGAAGCUUUGCCAACGCUAAUUUACAAGGCAGUCCAGUGUACGUUGGGGGGAAUUUCGUUGAUUCCAUGCCAGCUUCGGGCCCCAUGUUCAACCUCGGCCAUCUCCCCCAUCCCUCAUCCGCCAGUGUGGACUACAGCUGUGCCGCUCAGAUUCCAGGCAACCACCACCAUGGACCCUGUGACCCCCAUCCUACAUACACAGACCUCACCUCUCACCAUGCAUCUCAGGGAAGGAUUCAGGAAGCGCCUAAACUAACGCAUUUGUAAGGAUUCCAUUGGUGUGCCCAAGCGCUCUUUUAUUACCUCACUAGUUUAAAAGUAAUUUAUAUAACUGCGCUCCCAGAGAGUCAUACAUAUUACCCCGUAUUGCUAUUGAUAUUACUAUUACUGCUAUGAUUGUAAUUAUUUUUUAAAAAUAGCUGUGGUCCAUUUCUAUUGACUGUUGAUGGUGCGCGCAAAGGAGUGUUUAUUGUCAGUUGUUCCAUUUUCUAAGAGCAAUGCGCAAUAUAAGGGACAUUUCAUAAGGUAUUAGCUUACUUGAAGGUAAGUCCUGUAGAUCUGACAGUAUUAGACAGCCAUCUUUAGAGGAUGAAAUUUGUAGAAAUAUAAUAAAAAAUAUGGACUCAUUGUUAAGUCGUCUGGUUAGGCAUCUGUACUCUGAAUCUGUUCCUGGUUCAAUACACUUUUAUUUAUUUUAUUUUCCCGAGACUGUAUGGCAAACAUGUAUUGCGACUGAUUUGUAAUAUUUAUUAUUUAAUGUUUUAUUUUGUAUCGCGGAUUAUUUAUCAUAUCAUGUAGGCUAUUUAUAUGAACACAUGUAGAAUUUAUGCACCGUUUAUUGGACAAAUUCAUUAGAUGUCAAAACCAUCAAACUGGUCCCAAAUAAGUUGGAUAUUUUGAACAAUGGUGUUGGUGUGUUUUGUUGUAAAGAGUUCCCCAUUGUAAAUCUGGUAAAACUGGGCGAGGAGUCAUUGCAAUCAUUAGUUCAAAAGCUGAUUCUGUUGGUAAUGCACCAGCAUGUCAUUAUCAUGUCUUUGCCCAAAUCAUCCAAGAUAAUUCUUAUUUUGCAAGGUGGAUGGUCCAUACAUAAAAAAUGACAAAACGGUAAUGAUAUGGAAAUGUUAUAUUUUAUUGUGUUACACAUUUUGUAAAUAAAGUGCUUAAAUUAAAGUAUAUGGUUAGAUGACUCUUUGUUUCCCAUUACAAUAAAAACAUGUGGAUUUAAGCAUUAA